CGGACUAGACAGAAAAAUUGUAGCGACAUCCACAUUUCAAUCGACGUGUUUAGGAAUCGCUGCACGGAUAAAUAGGCUAACUACCUCAAGUCUCGACUUUGGUUCAUGCCAUGCAUGACCAAUAUUCUUUACUAACAGCCAACCCAUCCUACUUUUUUUACAAGGUCUGUGCCUACUUGAACAUACUGAAAAAACGAUUGAACCAUGGACAAUUGGGAGAUUGGACUCUUGCUGGAAGAGUGCAGAAUGGCAGCAGGACAGACAAUGGCACCCACUGCGGAAGCGAAGCUGAAUUACUGGAAGUACAAAGGGUCUCUGUCUGUAGAACUGAGCUCCCUGCUUCAGGAGGCUGUGGAUAUGAAGUGGCCCUUUGUUCCGGAGCAAUGGCAGUACAAGCAUUCAGUCAGCUCCCAGGACCAAGUCAACCUCAAAGAUCUCAUCAGUGAACAUCUACCUCAAUUACUGGCUCUCCUUAAGGCAGCCAUAUUGGUAGAAGAAGCCAAGUUGGCAGUUUCUGUGAUCUUCCUAGUGGACCGGUUUCUGUAUUGGGCAGAUCACUCUAGUUCUCUUUUAAAGAUCACCAAGGAAGUCCACCGACACCACCCAGGGACACCUAUUUCCCCACAGCUGGUCAUUCGGCAAGCGAGGGUCUACCUCAGUUUGGGUCAGUUCAACUUAUAUUUAGGUUCUGGCUGUAACAAUUUAUCUAUGUAUAAUAAUAAACUCCUCAAAAAAAGGAAACUCCAGAAGGCAGAAUACAUUUUGAGCAGUCUAAUCAACAAUUCUGGGGCAACAGGUUGUUGGGUGUACCAUUCCGACAGUGACAAGGCUCUUGUGCAGGCUGUCAGUAUUCAAGUGCGUGGACUCGUACUGCAAAAACUGGGGCUGUGGCAGGAGGCUGCUGAGCUGAUAUGCGGAUCACUGGUUGGUUACUAUGCUCUUCCACAGCCUGACAAAAAGGGCAUUGGAACAUCAUUGGGAGUGCUGGCCAACCUACUGGUGUCCAUGAGUGACACUGAUUUCAAAGCUUUAAAAUCAAAUCCGAAUAUUGACUUGGGUUUUUUUCCGGACACUGGUCAUCGUCUUCUCUGUGCAGCUGAAGCAGCUAAGCAUGCAGUGAUAUACAGUCAGUAUACUUCGCUGUACGUGCUUACCAAUGUGACAGUUCUUGCCCGUCACCUUUUUGAAGCUAAGGACAUUUGGAACAUGGAUGAAACGGGUACAACAACGGUCCAAGUGCCCGAUAAAAUAAUAGCCACCAAGGGGAAGCGCCAGGUCGGUGCAGGGACGUUGGUCACCACUGCCCUAGCUGUAAAUGCACAAGGCAAUAGCAUUCCCCCGUACUUCAUCUUUCCCAGGAAGAAGUUCCAGGACCACUUUGUGAGUAGUGGUCCCAUCGGCUCCGCUGGUUCUGCAAAUAGCUCAGGAUGGAUGCAGGAUGUCGACUUUCUGGCCUUUCUCCAGCACUUUGCCAGACACACACGUGUGAAUCUGGAGUCGAAGCCACUUGACAGGAGCGUCUUCGGUCCACUGAAGAGAUAUAUUAACACAGCAGCAGAUCACUGGAUGAGAUUACAUCCUGGAAAAACGUUGUCCAUCUAUGACGUUCCAAGUGGCCACAGCUCUGCCAUGAGCAGCGACACCAAGCAACCUCUGGUCACAUGA